AUGUCGGCUUUCAUACGCUUUUUCUCACGCAGAUGGUUCACUCGAGGAAAAUCCGAACAGGCCAACGUUCCCAAUACCUACAUCCGACGAAAUAAAAACUCGGAUUUGGAGUGUCGUGUUCAUUUUCUGGAUGGCACGAAUCAGACGUUUUACCUUCCGAAAAAUGCCGUGGCGUCCAAGCUCUUCGAAUUUGCCUUUGCUCAUAUCGGACUGAAUGAUGAGCGGGAAUAUUUUGCCUUGCAAAUGAUAAAUAAGAUUAAGAUAUGGCUUGAUCCUACCAAACCUCUUAAAAAGCAAGUUUUCGGCUCUCCUCCUCACGUCUUUUAUAUGCGAGUCAAAUUCUUCUCUAUGAACCCACAUCAGCUGCGUGACGAUUACGCUAGGUACCUCUUUGUCCUCCAACUACGCGACGAGAUGCUGACAGGAAAGCUUCAGUGCCCUGAUGAUCAGAUCGCAGCUCAGAUGGCAGCAUUACUUCUUCAAGGUGAGUUGGGCAACUUCAACAAAGAUGAGCAUACUCCGGAAUUCAUCUCAACCUUUCACUUUCUACCUGAGGAGCGACAUACGGAAAUGUUUGACAUCGCUGUUCAACAGGAGUACGCGAACCUUGCGCGGCGAAAUCUAACACCUAGCGAGACCGAUAGGUUGUAUCUUGAAAAAGUUCGCUCUCUUCCAGACUACGGCGUAGAUAUGCACAAAGUUCAGGGCAAAGACAAAAAGGUGUACUACCUCGGCCUCACACCAUCUGGCAUCCUUGUCUACGAAGGCAGCAACAAAAUUGGACUCUUCAUCUGGUCAAAAAUCCUUAAACUUGAGAUGAAAGGCAAGAAAUUGAAACUGGUGGUCGCUGACGAGGACGAAACAAAUCGGAAGGUUGUGGAGUACACUUUCGUCUUCGUUCUGCCCGAUGCCACCGCUUGCAAACACCUCUGGAAGAGUGCCAUCGAACAGCACACAUUCUUCCGCCUGCGGGACACCGUGAAACCGCCGACAAAACUGCAACAAUUCUUCCGCCUAAAGUCCCGUUUCUACACCUCGUUUCGGCCCGAAUUCCAACUGCAGCAGGAGAACAAAUUUGGCAGCAGCAGCUUCCGCCGACGCAACACCUCC